AUGGUGGUUGAUGAUACAUCAAAAGCAGUACUGUUAUCUGCUGUUGAGGGGGCCGGAGAAUUUGCCGGUGGCGGUGGCGUUCCUCCUGAUGGUGAUGGGGACGUUGUUGGGCCUGAAGGAGCCGGAGGCGAUGACAUCGGUGACUCUUCUGGCGCGGGGAUUGAAGAUGGUGGGCUUGUAGUAGAUGGGCUUGGGCUUUCUGGGCUCAACGCCGGAGGGCUGGCCGUCAUCGGUGGGGGUGAUGAAACCGGAGUGGAAGCCGGGGGAGGUGUGGAAACAGUUGGUGGGGUAGCAGAGCUGGUUGGAGGAGUUACACUGCUUGUCGGUGGAGUAGCGGUGGUGGUUGGAGGAGUUGCAGUGCUUGUUGGCGGAGUAGCGGUGGUGGUUGGCGGAGUAGCGGUGGUGGUCGGUGGAGUAGCAGUGGAAGUGGUGGGUGCCGACGAUGGAGCUUGAGCAAUGGAGGAUGUUAUGAAGGUGAGUGACAUGGUUAGCAUGAUGAUGAGCAUGGCACGUGGGAGAGCCAUGGCUCUAGCUAGCACGUGCGAAUGAGGUGCUAGACUGAACUGAAGAAAAUACGGUUGGAAUGAGCUAGAGAGAGAGAGAGAGAGAUUCACGAGGAAUAGGGCAG